UUAUACCUAUUUAGAUAUAUGUAUUCUGAAUUUUUUGCUUCCAUAAAUAAGGUUUUUUUUUGAGACCGACUCUCACAGUGUAGUUCAGGAUGGGCUUCAGCUCAUUAAGUACCCCAGGCUGGCCUCAAAUUCACGGCGAUCCCUCUGCCACAGUCUCUCAAAUUCUGGGAUGACAAGAGCGCCACCCACCGCCGGCUCCCUCCAUGGAUUAGUUUUCUAACAGGGAAAACUAAUGGAUGUUGGAAAACUUUGCGUUCAUAGUUUUGAGCUAAGCGGUGUCAACCGAGGACAGAGCGAUCACACCUUGCACCCAUAGUACUAGCAGUAAACGAAGAGGCAGUAGACCAGGGAGUUCCGCAAGGCCCCAAGGCCGAGAAGGUGCUAAUCACGUGACCCAAAGGUAUAAAUAAAGUUAUUCAUGUUGAGGAAGCGACUUCCGGUAGGGGCAUUCCCAUUUCCGCCUGAGAGAGUCGCGUCCACGCCCCUCUUUCCAGCGUGACGGGAAAUCUUUGCACCCGCUUACGCCACGUCAGUCCCGGUUCUGGCCCCGCCCAAACACUGGGUAAGUGCUUCCGGGGUCAGCGCACUCCGGCCCCACCCCUUCGCCCCGGCUCUGUGCUGGAAGCCCCAGUGCUGCCGGAAGUUGUCAGGGCUUCUCGGUCGGGGUCCCCUGCACCCGGCCGCUGUUGAGGCCCCACCGCGGCGGCGAUGGCGGAGGCGGCGCUGCUGCUGUUGCCCCAGGCGGCGGCCGAGCGGGACGCGCGCGAGAAGCUGGCUCUGUGGGAUCGGAGGCCUGACUCGACGGCGCCGCUGACCGACAGGCAGACGGACUCGGUGCUGGAGCUGAAGGCGGCGGCGGAGAACCUGCCAGUGCCGGCGGAGCUCCCAAUUGAAGACUCAUGCAGCUUAACUUCCCAGUCGCUGCCCAUUGACCUGACUUCGAUAGUGCCUGAAUCGACAGAAGACAUUCUCUUGAAGGGUUUCACUUCUUUAGGAAUGGAAGAAGAAAGAAUUGAGACUGCACAGCAGUUUUUUUCAUGGUUUGCAAAACUGCAAACUCAGAUGGACCAGGAUGAAGGAAUAAAAUAUAGACAGAUGAGGGAUUACUUGUCUGGGUUUCAGGAGCAGUGUGAUGCUAUAUUGAAUGAUGUAAACAGCGCUCUUCAGCAUCUGGAGUCAUUGCAGAAGCAGUAUCUUUUUGUGUCUAAUAAGACAGGAACCCUACAUGAAGCCUGCGAACAGCUCCUAAAAGAACAGUCGGAACUUGUUGAUCUGGCUGAAAAUAUUCAACAAAAGCUUUCUUAUUUUAAUGAAUUGGAAACUAUUACUACAAAAUUGAACUCUCCUACAUUGUCUGUGAAUAGUGAAGGAUUUAUACCGAUGCUGGCCAAGUUAGAUGACUGUAUAACCUAUAUUUCAUCUCAUCCUAAUUUUAAAGAUUAUCCUGUGUACUUACUGAAGUUUAAACAAUGUCUUUCUAAAGCAUUGCACCUCAUGAAGACAUAUACUGUGAACACACUACAGGCACUCACAAAUCAGUUACUUAAAAGGGACCCUUCAUCUGUGCCUAAUGCAGACAAUUCUUUCACACUAUUUUAUGUGAAGUUUCGAGCUGCUGCCCCCAAAGUCAGAACCCUUAUUGAACAAAUAGAAGAACGAUCUGAAAAGAUACCUGAAUAUCGGCAGCUGCUCAGUGAUAUCCAUCAAUGUUACCUUUUCCAACGGGAGCUCCUUUUGGGCCCUAGUAUUGCCUGUACUGUCACAGAGUUAACCAGUCAAAAUAAUAGAGACCAUUGUGCCUUGGUUCGCAGUGGCUGUGCCUUCAUGGUCCAUGUGUGCCAGGAUGAGCACCAACUUUAUAAUGAAUUUUUCACAAAGCUGACACCAAAAUUAGAUGAGCUUUUGGAGAAAUUGUGUAUGUCGUUGUAUGAUGUCUUCAGGCCAUUGAUCAUUCAUGUCAUUCACUUAGAGACACUAUCUGAACUUUGUGGCAUUCUUAAAAAUGAAGUGCUUGAAGAUCAUGUACAGAACAAUGCUGAACAACUAGGGGCAUUUGCAGCUGGAGCAAAGCAGAUGUUGGAAGACGUACAAGAGCGGCUUGUGUAUCGAACGCACAUCUAUAUUCAGACAGACAUCACAGGCUACAAACCGGCCCCCGGUGACCUGGCAUAUCCUGAUAAGUUAGUCAUGAUGGAGCAAAUUGCACAGAGCUUAAAAGAUGACCAGAAGAAGUUACCUUCAGAAGCUUCAUUUUCUGAUGUCCGGUUAGAAGAAGCAGAGUCUAGUAGUCUAACAAAAUCUGGUUCAACAGAAUCCCUUAAUCCUAGACCACAAACCACAAUUUCUCCAGCAGAUCUUCAUGGAAUGUGGUACCCUACAGUUCGAAGAACUCUUGUCUGUCUCUCCAAAUUAUACAGAUGCAUAGAUAGGGCCGUGUUCCAAGGAUUAUCACAGGAAGCAUUAUCAGCCUGCAUUCAGUCCUUACUUGGAGCAUCAGAGUCUAUCAGCAAAAACAAGACUCAGAUUGAUGGACAGCUUUUCUUAAUUAAGCACCUUUUGAUUCUUCGUGAACAAAUUGCUCCAUUUCACACUGAAUUCACCAUUAAGGAAAUUUCCCUGGACCUCAAGAAAACUAGAGAUGCAGCAUUUAAAAUCCUGAACCCCAUGACCGUUCCAAGAUUUUUUAGGCUGAAUAGCAACAAUGCCUUGAUAGAGUUCUUGUUGGAGGGUACUCCUGAGAUAAGAGAACAUUAUCUUGACUCUAAAAAAGAUGUAGACCGGCAUCUGAAAUCAGCCUGUGAGCAGUUUAUUCAGCAGCAGAGCAAGCUGUUUGUAGAGCAGCUGGAGGAGUUCAUGACAAAGGUUUCAGCGCUAAAAACAAUGGCCAGCCAGGGAGGCCCCAAGUAUACCCUCUCCCAGCAGCCUUGGGCACAACCAGCAAAGGUUAGUGACCUUGUGGCAGCAGCAUAUAAGACAAUGAAAACAAAGCUGCCCCUGACAUUGAGAAGCAUGUCGCUGUACCUGUCCAAUAAAGAUACAGAGUUCAUCUUAUUUAAACCUGUUAGGAAUAAUAUUCAGCAAGUUUUUCAGAAGCUUCAUGCUCUGUUAAAGGAAGAGUUCAGCCCUGAAGACAUCCAGAUCAUUGCUUGUCCUUCCAUGGAACAGGUAAACCUCCUGCUGUCUGUUCCUAAAUAAACAGGCUGGUCAGAAAGUUGGAAUGGGCUGAGAAGUCUUACGGCCUGCAGGACUCCUAGGACUCCCACCUAGGAUUGUCCCCAAGACCCCUGCCAGCGUGCUGCUCAGAGCUGCCCACAGGAGGAAGCAGAAGCAAAAUGUUGAAAAGACAAGUGUUUCCCUUUUGAAAACAUCAAAAUGCCAAAGAUGAAUGGAUAUGUAGUGAUCUCAUUUAAAUGGAUAUAAGAAAUAUAAGUUUUUAAGAGGUAGCCAGGAGGAGCUUGAAAUCAAAUGUUUGUGCAAUAAAAUAGGUUACAGUGAGUAGUGCUAAGAACUUUAUGGAAAUACAGCUGAGAAAGCUGCUAAAGGUAAGGUUUGCUAAUGCAUGAAACACAACACUUUUCACCACUGAGCAUUCCACAGUGACUAUGUAUAUAUGUAUUUUUUGUUUUUAAUUUCCAUAAACUUUGUUUUGAGAUAAGUUCUCACUUUGUA